AUGUUAUCAUAGUAUGGAGCUCUACAUUCCAUAAGAAAUUUACGACAUAACUUAACACCUUAUGAAGAAGCUCAAACAGAUGAUAUAAAACAAUUGAUUUUAGAACAUCAAAAAUUAUUUUCAAAUAAUGACUAUGAUUAUAUUGAAUGGUCAGUAGUAGGCGAUGAUCUUCUUGGAAAACGACGUGAAUUUCGUCAAGCUAUCGAUGUGUACAAAACUUAUGAUAAUCAUCAUUUAGUAUCAAAAUUAUUAGCUGAAGUUAUUCAUUAUUAUUUAAAUGAAUAUCUGGUAAAUCAAAGUAAUGAUACUGGCAAUCCUGAAAAUCAAAUUACUCGUAAACAAAUUGAAACUAUUGAAACAUACUUUAAAGAAGCUAUAGUAAAACAAGAUUUUUUAACAUACUUUAUCAAAGCUUAUACAUUAACAAAUUUUUUUUAUAAAGUAUUAAAUAGAAAUUUAGCUCUGUAUAUAUUAGAAUAUUUUGAUGAAACAAAAAUGUUUUCAUCAAAUUAUCGUCUUGUAAAUUGUCUUGUUCAUAUUGUUACACUCUUAAUUUAUCAUCCAAAUUUACCUCAAUAUCAAUAUCAAGGUGUAUGUUAUCGUGGUAUGAGAAUAACACAAAAUGAUUUAGAUCAAUAUCAAUUAAAUCAACAUAUAUUAAAUCGUGCAUUUCUGUCAACAUCUAUUGAUCGACAAGUAGCUGCGAUGUUUGCUGGUGAAGAUCAACAAUCUCAAAUGAGAUAUACUUCUAAAGAUCAUCGUGCAUUACAAUAUUCAUGUUUAUGUCAAUAUUUAAUAAAGCAAAAUUCAACAGCUAUGAAUAUAGAAAGUUUAUCCACAAGACCCGAUGAACAAGAAAUUUUAAUUAUUCCAUUUUCCGUUUUUAAAGUGAUGGCAAUUAAACGAAAUUAUCUUGAUGAUUCAACAGCAUCGAUUUCAAUUGAAAUUGAAUUAGAAGAAUGUGAAGAUGUUAUGGAUGAUAGUAAAGAACUAGAAAGUGACAAAGCAUCGAGAUCAUUAUCAUUGUCAUCAUCUGAUAAUGAUAUCAAAGAUACCAAAGAAUAUGUAAAAUUUAAACGGCGAAGAUAUUUUUUAUAUGGAAUCAUUGUACUUUUGAUAUUAGGUGUUCUUGUGGCCUUAGCUUUUGCAUUCAUUUUUACUUUUGCCGUUAAAAAGAAUUCUACGAAAAAUACUAUAAAUAACACAACGACUGCAUCAAAAACGAAUGAUAUUUUCUAUUACCACUUACCAGAAGGUAUGUCACCUGCUAGCUUUUGCAUUUCUGGAAACUCAGCAAGUUAA